AUGGCCAGCAACAACGUGAGCGUGCAGUUGACUGCCCCCAACGGGCGUCAGUAUGACCAGCCCAUCGGUCUGUUCAUCAACAACGAAUUCGUCCCAUCCAAAUCCGGUGACAAGCUCGCCUCCAUCAACCCUGCCGACGAGAAGGAGAUCGUCUCCGUCUAUGCUGCGGGCGAAGAGGACGUCGAUAUCGCGGUCAAGGCGGCCCGUAAAGCGCUCAAGGAUCCUUCCUGGAAGCUGCUGCCGGGAACAGAGCGCGGCAGUCUGAUGCUGAAGCUGGCGGAUCUGAUUGAGCAGCACCGCGAGACGCUCGCCACCAUCGAGACGUGGGACAACGGCAAGCCUUACUCCGUGUCGUUGAACGACGACCUGGGCGAGGUCCUCAGCUGUCUCCGGUAUUAUGCCGGCUGGGCCGACAAGAUCCAUGGCCAAACGAUCAGCACCACGCCGGCCAAGUUCGCUUACACCCUCCGGCAGCCCAUCGGCGUGGUCGGCCAGAUCAUCCCGUGGAACUUCCCUCUGGCCAUGGCCGCCUGGAAGUUGGGCCCGGCGCUGGCCUGCGGUAACACGGUGGUGCUGAAGGCUGCCGAGCAGACACCACUCAGCAUCCUCUAUCUGGCCAAGCUCAUCAAGGAGGCGGGAUUCCCGGCUGGUGUGGUCAAUGUCCUGAACGGCUACGGCCGCGUCGCCGGAAGCCCGUUGGUCACGCACCCGGACGUCGACAAGGUCGCCUUCACCGGCUCGACCAUCACGGGCCGCGAGAUCAUGAAGCUUGCCGCGGGCACACUGAAGAACAUCACCCUCGAAACGGGCGGAAAGUCGCCACUGGUUGUAUUCGGCGAUGCCGACAUCGAGCAGGCGGCCAAGUGGGCGCACGCCGGGAUCAUGUACAACCAGGGCCAGGUGUGCACGGCGACUUCGCGCCUUCUAGUGCACGAGUCUGUCUACGACCAGUUCGUGAGCCUCUUCAAGCAGGAGGUGGCGGCCACGAGCAAGGUCGGCGACCCGUUCGCGGACGACACCUUCCAAGGGCCGCAGGUCAGCCAGGCGCAGUACGAGCGAAUUCUGGCGUACAUCGAAGCGGGCAAGUCGGAGGGCGCGACGCUGGUGGCGGGCGGCGAGCCGCACAAGAACGUGGCAGGCAACAAGGGGUUCUUUAUCGCGCCGACGGUCUUCACCAACGUGCAGGACCACAUGCGCAUCUACCGCGAGGAGGUCUUCGGCCCGUUCGUCGUGAUCUCCAGCUUCAAGACCGAGGACGAGGCCGUGACCCGCGCCAACGACAGCACCUACGGCCUGGGCGCCGCGCUCUUCACCAGGGACAUCGAGCGCGCCCACCGCGUCGCCUCGGAGAUCGAGGCCGGCAUGGUCUGGAUCAACAGCAGCAACGACAGCGACAUCCGCGUGCCGUUCGGCGGUGUCAAGCAGAGCGGCAUCGGGCGCGAGCUAGGCGAGUCCGGGCUCGAAGCCUACUCGCAGGUUAAGGCUGUGCACGUAAACAUGGGAUCCAGGCUUUGA